UUUGUUUCACUUACAGACUGGAUUGUGCUGGUCAGGGAAAUCUGACCAAUCAGAGACGCUGCUCCUGGUGAUGUUGAGCAACAUCACAUCACCUCACCGCAUCACGCUGGGAGACGCUUUCUGGAUCAUUCCAGCUCUGCAGUUCACCGAGGAGCCUCUCCUGUGUUUACCUGCUUGUGUGCCUCCUGAGAAGAUACUCUACCAUAAAGGAAAAUGGCUUUGAGUGAUUUGCUCUACCCUGGAAAUCCUGAAAGAAGGGAGAAGGUUAUCCGCAAAAGUCAAGAGCUUCUUGAGCUGAUGAAAGACAACUUCGAAGCCACCAACAGUCUCAUUGAGAUUGUCAAUGAGCACCUGCAUUCAUCCUUCAGCAAAAUCACCCUGAACGAGAAAGCCACUGUCAAGGAGAACUGUGACGUGAUGAUUAAACGUGUGAAUCAGAUCCAAGCAAAAGUCGAGGAGGUUGACGAGGAGCUGAAGAAGAAGCUGGAACCUGCCUUGUAUGAGAAACUACAACAUGCGUCUCUCCAAGACUUCAAAAGAUUUCCAACAUGGUUUAAAGCUACUAUUACAAUAGUUUGCCAGAUUUCAUCUGCUUUGUUAGUGACGUAUCUAAUGAAAAAUAUACAAAUUCUGACAAACAUAACAUCCACAUGUGCUAAAAUAUUAGGAGGGAUAUUUGCCUCCGUUGUGAUUGGGUUGUUAGUUGAUUUGAUUGUUUCAGCCAUUUUAGGGUAUAUUGAGCGUGACAAACUCGAGACGGCCCUGAAAGAGUACGAGGAGGCUUUGGCAGAAUUCAGGCCAGUAUCUAAACAAUACCAGAAGGCCAUAUACGAAGUCGAGAUUUUGCUUAAAUACAUGAAGAAAGAGUGAAUUCGCUUCCACAUUCAUAUCUGACCUUAAAAUGUAGCAAGUCAUAGGUUGCUCUUUUAUUUAUAUUACUCUUUCCAGUUACAGAAUACUAAUUUCUUUCAGUCUGACAAAAAUAUAUGCUGUAAUUGAAAACUGUAUGUAAAUAACUUUGAUUUAUACAUUACACUUAAAAGCAUGCAGAAAUGCAUGGAAUGAAGAUGGAUGACAUUAUUUGACUUGUGACAUGGAGGAAAAAUGCUCCCAAGUCCCAUGCUUUCAAACAUUGUCUUGUUUAUUAAAGAAGAACAUUUGGAGUGUGUCACAACCACAUGAUUUCUCAUCUUCAGUUAUGGAAAUGUAGAAAUGAAAGCUGAAGCUCCAAUCUCCUCCUGAAAAUCCUGAAAAAAAAAGUGUGCUGGUGCUUCGGUGACUGCUUCGCUCAGAGAAGCCGUCAAUCAUGACGUCACACUCCCAUUUUCAUAGCAUCAAAUACUUAACUAAAACAUGACUAUUCUAUUCUAUUUGAUUUCAGAGUAAUUAUUUUAUUUUAUUUUUUUAUCUUUUUAUUUUUUGACGUCUACAAGGCAUUAGACACAUUUUUUUUUUUUUAUCUUCAAAAUUUUGAUUUUGGUGAUUUAAAAAAAAAUAAUGCCAUCAGGACACUUUAUGCUAACAGUAACUGCUCACUGAAGUUUAGUUUAGUUUAGUUUAGUUUAGUUUAGUUUAGUUUAGUUUAGUUUAGUUUAGUUGCCAGAUUCAAUCUUCAGAUGGGUCUCCGGCAAGGAUGCCCUCUCACCCAUAUCUUUUACUUCUUGUCACCCAGAUUUUCUCACAUUAUAUUAAUAAAAGUGCCUCUCAUUGCAGAAAAGGAAAUAAAGAAUGAAAAAAGAAUGAAAGAAUGCAGACUAUCUACAAUCAAUAAUAAAAGAAAAU